CGAUCUCAGCGCCUAUGAGUGGACUGGCGUGUGAUUGCUCUGGUCUGUGAAAUGUGUGUGUGUGUGUCAUUUUUACAGUUUCUUUCUAGCUCUGUUUCCCUGUUGUGCUAUUGUCGCUGGAUUAUAAGCACACGACGAUCAUCUUCGACGGUUCGUGCGAUAUAUCCUGCUAGAGAAAAGUGCGUGUUGUUUUGGGAGGAGCAGAGGACAAUGGAAAUGUGUACUGGUUGUGAGCUCUUUUGAUUGGUGCCAUGAACAGUUCGAGUGCUAGCCAUGCAGAGAAACUUAGGGCCCCAUCUUCCUCUUCUUCGUCUCGUCCCUCAGUGGCCCCUAAGCUGCAGGUGCAACGCUCACUCUCCCGAGAUACCAUUACUAUACACUUUUCUGCAAAGGGAAAUGAGAAAGAGGAGGAGGAAGAGGAGCUGUACAGGUUGGCUCUUUCACCUUCCAUUCUUGAAACUGAAGAUCAGAGUAUUAUAACUGCUCAGGAGGCUAGUGAGGAGCUCCUCUCUGAAGGAUUGGAGGUGGAUAUUUUUAAAGAAGUACCAUCUACCACAGUCCCCCAGAUCCACAGCUCUGCCUUGGCUAUACAGCAUCCCUCCAUUAGCCUCUGUUGCUCAUCCAAUUCUAGUCCUGUUAGCUUUUCAUGGCCCUCAGAACAAAAGUUGAAUUCCCCCUUGUCUUCUGCUCAUUCGGCCUCCUCCAGCUCAUCCCCAGCCAAGUCCUCUACUCUACCAUCAAAACCUUUCCUCAGCCUGGUGAAGUCUCUCUCCACUGAGGUGGAAUCUCGUGAAGCACCAACAGUUGCCCCCCAAGCAAUGAGGCAUCGUCAUCUGAUGAAGACCCUAGUUAAGUCUUUAUCCACUGACACAACCCGACCUGAACCAGAGUCUUCAUCCACUACCCGGCCCCAAGAUUCCCGGCUCAAUCUGCAUCUUUUUAAACCAUUUACUCAACAACGCGUUCCCCCUCCCAGUGGAGAUUCGAAAACUGCUCCUUCUUCCCCCCUUACCUCACCCGACAGCCGCUCCUUCUUUAAGGUUCAGGAGGUGGAGGCACGUAUUGAAGAUACAAGGCGGCGCCUAUCAGAGGUCAUGUCUGAGCCCCUUCAGCUGCUCAGCAAAAUCAUUGGUGAGGAACCUAGUGGUGUCAGCACAAACACUUCCACAUCCACAACAACAGGAGUCUCCUACCGGUCCAGAAAUCUUUCCUCCAGUGCCUCUGACCUCUCCAAUCUGUCUGCCCUCAAUGGCCACUCAGAAAGCAACAACAACUACUGCAUCAAGGAAGAGGAAGACCUGGAGGUGGACAGUCCUCUAGAGGGUGCAGCCAUUAAAUUGCCUUUGCACAGAUCACCCUCACUUGGUUUGGAUAGGUGUUUCAUGUCGACUCUUGCCCGUCAGGAAGAUGAAGAAUUCUGUGAGCUCUACACUGACGACUUUGAGCUCUGCACUGACACAGAGCUGGAUGGAAAGGGCCUUUAUCCAUCACAGGUCCGACGAGAGAGUACUGGGGGAUGCAGUGAAGAACCAACUGAAGGAGGAGAAGAGGAGGAGGAAGAAGAUGAGUCUCCAGAAGUACCUCACAAUGGACUGAUUCUUCUGAUAUCUUUAGUUUAUGGUUGCUUUGUGUUGCCACUCCCUACCUAUGUGGGUUGGUUGUUAAUAGGAAUAGUGGCAGGAUUCAUGGUGGCAAUACUUGUUGUGUGGUUAUCUGCAAGGCACAGAUCUCCAAGAAGUCGUCAUGGCAGCUGGUUCAGAAAAGAGCAAUGGAACCGAGUUCCUCUGGAUAUCAAAGAACCAGGCAUCUACAAGGGCUGGAUGAAUGAGAUCUACUGCUACGACCCAGAGACGUAUCACGCCACACACACUCACUCUGUGUAUGUGCGCCUGGAGGGUUCCGUUCUGCGACUGUCCAAACCAAACCGCAAUAUCCCCCGCCGAGCAACUUUCAACGAGCCCAAACCUGAUGUUACCUAUGUUAGCCAAAAAAUCUAUGACCUCACCAACAGUAAGAUAUACCUGGUGCCUCAAGGACUUGCCAGGAAGCGUGUGUGGAAUAAAAAGUAUCCCAUCUGCAUUGAGCUGGCCAGACAGGAUGACUUCAUGUCUAAAGUCCAGGAAGAUAAGACUGAGGUGAUAGAGGAGAAGACCCCUGCUGCAGGAGACAGGACUGAGGGGCUCUGCACUAGUGAAGAACCAAAGAAAGCGUACACAGAGCCGGUACUCUACCUGUUUGGGAGGACAGGAAGAGACAAAGAGGAGUGGUUUAGAAGGAUGCUCUUUGCAUCAAAACUGAAGUCAGAAGUCAUUAAGUCCUCAGGCCUGCCUAUAAGUUUGACUUACAGCCGCAGAUGUAGUCGAGGAAGUUUGGAUGAAGCGAUCCAGUCUCACCCCAGACAAAAGGAUCUUGGUGCCAGUGUCAAACAAAAAGUUUUAGAAUACAACAUCUACAUGGCCAAAUAUGUUAGUCAGUCUACAGUAAGCCCUGUCACGAGCCCUGUACAAAGCGCUGGAAGCAGCCCAGGAACAGUUAAGAAGUUUCCAGCCAGUUGUGGGCAGGAGUCUGAGGCUUGGGUCAAUGCUCUCUUGGGUCGCAUCUUUUGGGACUUUCUUGGAGAGAAAUACUGGGCAGACAUGGUGUCCAAAAAGAUUCAGAAGAAGCUGAGUAAGAUUAGGCUCCCAUACUUCAUGAAUGAGCUAACCCUAACCGAGCUGGACAUGGGCAUGUCCAUUCCCAAGAUCCUCAGUUCCUCCAAACCAUCGGUAGAUUACAGAGGCCUUUGGAUUGACCUGGAGAUCUCCUACACUGGGUCCUUUCUCAUGAGCCUUGAAACCAAGAUGAACCUGACUAGACUUGGAAAAGAGGGAGAAGGUAUUGGAGAACAGGGAAAAGAAGGACUCAGACAGCGCACUUAUUUCCUGGCUGACAGUGAUGAGGAGUCAUCCAGUGCUGGAUCAUCUGAUGAGGAAGAUACUGCAGAAGUGCCUGAACCUUCAGGAGUGGAGGGUUACACCGUGGGACACCGACCCAGCAAAAUCAUGCGCUUUGUAGACAAGAUCACAAAGUCUAAGUACUUCCAGAAAGCCACAGAGACUGAAUUCAUUAAGAAGAAGAUGGAAGAAGUGUCUAACACCCCACUGCUCUUGACUGUGGAGGUGCAGGAGUGUCACGGGACUCUCGCUGUCAAUAUUCCACCUCCUCCAACGGACAGGAUAUGGUAUGGCUUUAGAAGACCUCCUCAUCUGGAACUGAAGGCUCGGCCUAAACUGGGAGAAAGAGAGGUCACUUUCGCUCAUGUUACCGACUGGAUAGAGAAAAAACUUGAUCAAGAGUUUCAGAAAAUCUUUGUAAUGCCAAACAUGGAUGAUGUCUGGCUGCCUAUCAUGCACUCUGCUAUGGACACGCGGUCAAGUUCCAUGAAGGAUGAAGAACAACCGGACCCUGAAGAAUCUCUUGAAGACAUGUGACGUGUGUGACACAUUUUUAUUAAUAAAAGAUACCUGGGCUUACAAUUACAGGUGCCCUAUGGCUCAUUAAACAGAGCUGUGAAAAAUCUCAACACAUUCGAAACAAAAGGAAUAAAGCGUUUGCCAGUUUGCUUCUAAUUCGACUGGGCCAUACUUUUUCUCUCGAGAGGGUUUUAUGACAUUGGUGACAACAGAACAGUAGCUGGGUUUCCAUCAAAACGUGAAACAACUCUUUUAAAAAUUCAGAAAAAGGAAAUGCGGAUUUUUUUUAAGGACAUCGGCCAAGGACAACCUCGAGACCAUUUUUUGGAUAGAGCUAGACUAUCAAUCACGUGGGUUUAAUGUUCGCUACAUCAGAAUUUAUUCAGCAAAUGUGUUUCCGUCUCCCAUUAUUCGCAUGUACUCUUUUUCACAUAAGUCAAAAACCACCUCAUGCGGGCAUAAAAACAUUUUAGCAAAUUAAGGGAUUUUUAUUCGAAAUUCGACCUUUCCAUCACUUUUUUAUGCAAUACUUUAAAAUGCGCAUAAAAUCAGUGCAAUGGAAAUCCAGCUAGUGUGUCUGGACGCACAUGCUGCUGCAUGGUCACAUGGCUUGGAUAGGGUGAUCUCAUCGAACAGGACAAUGCGGUUUCAGUAAAGUAUCAAAUAUCCCUAGAAACCGUAAGUCUACAGGAGAUGUAAGUUACAAGAGAAUCGCAGGGCACCAUAGGACCAGGAAAGGCCUAUCUGGCUCAGUGUGAAGUCUGUGCCACCUCGGUUUGACACGUACUGCCUUACCAAAAGUCCAGAGACUUUGGCAGUGAGAGCAUCUUAGCUCAUACAUUAGAACGCAAACAGUACUUGUGAUACAUUAAGGUCUGCAGUAGACUGGGCUGGACAGACUUGAAUCUGAAGACUCAGUGGACUUUUGGUAUGGCAAAGUGCUUGUUAACCAGCCUGGAGACUACAUUAUCUUAUGAUGUGUGCAUCCUCAUGAUGUACAGUAUAACUCCAAACAGCAGUUAUGUGUCUGAUAAUUCUAACAUAAACUAACAUAAGCCAAAGGGCACAUUUCUGAGACUUGUAUUUGUGAUUCCGCCUGUGAUUUAAUGAUUGUAAUGCUUCUAGACACUAGGCCUACUAGAUCCAUCAUUAACCUUCCAUUCACUGCUGCCUGAGCCCUCUGUGCGGCCUCUGAUUAUGCAAUGAGAUCAAUUUCACUGUGCUGAAGAGGGACACCAGCCAAUAAGCCCUUAUCCCCAAGUGAUCCCUAUAGAAGCAGCCUACUCCAAAGGAUAGGGUUCAACAGCUUUUCAUCUCUAGUCAGUCAUUGCCCCUUAGCAAUAGGCUGACUUUCAAGUGGUUUUCAGCUGGCGGGUCUCGACCCAAAGUUUUGAAACGCUAAAUGCAAUUAAAAGGCACAAUAUCUGAGAUUUUUGCGUUAAAAUGUCUGAAAAUCACUAGCACUUUGUUAUAUAUUGUGUUUACUCGUGUACUUACAUUGUUUUCAUUCGAACAAUGUUUUGAGUGCAAAGAAAUUCACAAUUUCAGUUAUGUGGUACUUUGAUGUCAUACGCGUGUUGAAUACACCUUUGCUGCUGCGUUUAGGUCCACUUUGUUAUGCCUUUCCCCUGCUAGCUGUCCUCCAUCUCAUUGAUUCCUUACAUCAGUGGUUCUUUACCUUUUGCAGUUGGUGGAGACCUGGUAUAAGAACUCAUUUGUAUUACACUGUGUAACAUGAAAUUCCAAUUCACAUAUUAUUUGUGUUCAGUAUUAUUGGAGGACGUGUUUCCUCCAAAACAUGAAAUAAAUGAACCUUGCCUCAAACAAAUAA